CUCUGGGACAUGAAGUCUAAAGACAAGGCGGAAGUGAAGAAGACAAGCGUGCUAGGUUGGUAAUGCGGAAAUGCUGACCCGUUGUUUGGGUUUUUGAUAGACAUCUGACCAAGUGCUUUGUGUUAGGAUCUUUUGCUUACACGGAAUGCAGCUCUCAUGGUGCUCAGCCAUCCACAGCUGUGCAUUUUUAGGAGGUGCCUUUGCUUUUUUUUUUUUUUUGUAAACAUAUAUUUAAUAUAAUAAUGUGCAUUUAGACCGGUGAUUAUCUCCUGUUUUACUACAGAAUUUCUGACAGUGACGAUGUUUUGGGUUUUAGGGCAUGGUAACUAGAUAUGAACAGUAGAGGUAGCAGGUCAGUUGGGGAUCAUGGGAGUUGCAGUAAAGAACUGCCUUUUAUAUUUUUAUGCAUUUUAAGUGACACAUGGAUACACCUAAAGCUCCAUAUAUAAAGACUCAACUGUACAUAUGUGUGUAAUCUCAGAGGACAUUUGUUUGUGUAGUUGAAUGAACAAUCAUUAUUUGUAAUACUAGGAUUUUUAAAGCACCAACAUAUUCCACAAUGCUUUACAAUUUGGGGAAAGGUCAGUACUAAAUAUAUAUAUAUAUGUAUAUAUAUAUGUAUAUAUAUGUGUGUGUGUGUGUGUGUGUGUGUAUGUAUAAAAAAAAAAAAGAGAAAUCUCUUGCACUCACGCUGUAAAUAUCCCUUGGUUCCCGGGUGCUCAACCAGGGCUUGGUUAUCCAGAUAGCCAAAGAGGUAGCAGCACUCACAGAGUUUAAAAAAAUCUAAUCUUUAUUUGGUCAUCUUAAAAAUCACGAUCAACGUUUCAGUCCUCUAUAUGGGACUUGCUUCAGGAUCAAUAUGGUUUUAAACUCCAUGAGUGCUGCUACCUCUUUGGAGAUAUAUAUAUAUAUAUAUAUAUAUAUAUAAUUUUUUUAAUUUACUUUUUUCUUCAGGAAAUUUAUAGAAAUUUUAAAAGGAACUGACGAGCUACAAAAUUGUUAAAAGAAUGGAGCAUUUUAGUUACAAAGAAAAGUUAAAAAAAUGUAAAUCUGCUUAGUUUUAGAAAAAUGGCACCUGAGAGGGGAUAUGAUAACAUUAUACAAAUAUAUUCGGGCCAGUACAAACCUUUAUCUGGAAAUCUAUUCAUAAACAGGGCUAUACAUAGGACACAAGGUCACACAUUUAGGCUGGAAGAAAGGAGAUUUCAUCUAAGGCAAAGAAGUUUUUUUUUUUUUACAGUAAGAGCAAUAAGGAUAUGGAAUUCUCUGCCUGAAGGUUUUGUCAGAGUCUAUACAGAUGUUUAAACUGCAAUUGGAUAAAUACUUGCAAAACAUAACAUACAGGGGUAUCAUUUCUAAUUAGUGGGGUAAUAGCUGCUUGAGCCAGGGAGACAUCUGACUGCUAUUUUAGGGUCAAGAAGGAAUUUUUUCCUAGUUUGUUGCAAAAUUGGAAGCGCUUCAGACUGGGUUUUUUGCCUUCUUUUGGAUCAACAGCAAAAACAUAUGUGAGAAAGGCUGAACUCGAUGGACUCAAGUCUCUUUUCAGCUAGGUAACUAUGUUCAGCACAUGUGACUAUGGCCUGGGCUGACAAAUAUCAAUGCUGUGCAAAAAUUACACUUGUCGUCAUCACGCUAGUGACAGGCGUAAUGGAAUCCUGUAUCUGCUCUCUGUCCAUUCCUUCCUGCUCCCCAUACCCUCUGCUAUUUUUAACUUCUUCCAACCCACCCGUCUCCCUCCCCCUACCUUCACCAAUGCAGAGCAUGCGCAUGAGCUCUGGCUCUGUUAAAUGGUCCAAUCAAUGUGUUCUCUAUGGGAAGUUUUUGAUUGGACAUCUGCGUGGCUUCUUUGAUGUCAGAUGAUUCAAGGUAAGCAAAACCUUAUUUUAAUAAAUUUUUUCAAUUUUUUUUUUUAGCAUUGUAGGGGAGCCUAAAGAGAGAAGCCAAAUAAGCAUUAUUUAAAAAAAAAAAAAAGAGCCAAAAAGGGUUUGGAUUGAUCCUUUAAUUAUUGUAGUGUCUUAUGCAUGGCGCUACUGGACAAAAUGUAGAAUGCUUAUGUUGGUGUACAGCAUUUCUCCUUGAUGAUCAAUGUGUGCAAAAGAUGUACCUGAGGCAUCAUGGGAUGGCAACAUUGCUGCAAUGCAGUGAAGAUUGUUUUUCCUUGCCUCCGCUGCAUAUUGUUUAUUCUUAUCAAGUAAACCAUUAUAGCUUUGGUAAGCUCUUAUUUUUACUCUGUAUAGCUCACAAAUGCCUGGUACAGUCUCGUCUGGCUAAUCUGUCUCUCCAAUGCAGUAGACCAGUGCCUUAUACUUGCCAACUUUUCAAAUGAACAAAGAGGGGCUGUCUUAUAUUAGGAGUGUGGCUAGGGGCUGUCCUGUUCUGAGAAAGUUUAGGUGACUUACUAAUAACCUUGUCUGUAAUUUAUAUGAAGACACUGUAUUUCAUUCACACAGACUAGUUUCUAAACAAAUGUAUUGUAGUUUAAAUAGCAAAUUACUAGCAGUAUUAUUGCUAUGGAGCUCUGUUUUACACAGAGAUGCAGCAACAAUAUGGAGCUCCCUGAAAAGAGGUAUAUUGAUUUUAAAUAGGUUAUGUCCCUUCUAAAUAGGGAUAUGUGGGACAUAUAAUAAUACAGAGAGCAAAUUAGGUAAACAUAUUUUUGAGCAUCUUGGUUAAAGGAAGACUAAUGUGCUCGCAAAUAACUCUCUUAAAGAAACAUUCAUUUGUUCAAAUACAACCCCCAAUGAUUAAUAGAUAUACCCUCAAUGAAAUAAAUGCAUAACUAAUAAUUGAAAAUAUGCAUAUUUUCAGUGAGGGUAUGUCUAUAAUCAGCUUGCUAAAGCUGCAUAUCUCUUGUCUGCUACCUUUGCAAGCUCUCCCCUUUCUAACUCUGCCAAGGCUUUCUGUCACUGUCCAAUCACAGACUACAUUAGAAGCCUUGCAAGGCAGGUGGUCUGUGCUAUUGCUGCCUCUUGUGUAUAUGCUCACUUAGCAAAACAAUCAGGAAAUAACCAGACCAUUUUAUUGACAGCCAGGGAAUGUAACAAGGUUAAUUUAUAAAAGUGCCAUUUACUGUUGAAAUCUGCACUUUUUGUAAAAUGGGGGGAAAAAACCCACACACAUAAAACUUAAAGGACCACUAUAGUGCCAGGAAAACAUACUUGUUUUCCUGGCACUAUAGUGCCCUGAGGGUGCCCCCACCCUCAGGGUCCCCCUCCCGCCCGGCUCUGGAAGGGGAAAGGGGUUAAAACUUACCUUUUUCCAGCGCUGGGCGGAGAGCUCUCCUCCCCGUCGGCUGAAUGCGCACGCGCGGCAAGAGCUGCGCGCGCAUUCAGCCGGUCGCAUAGGAAAACAUUUACAAUGCUUUCCUAUGGACGCUGGCGUGCUCUCACUGUGAAAAUCACAGUGAGAAGCACGCAAGCGCCUCUAGUGGCUGUCAAUGAGACAGCCACUAGAGGCUUUGGGGGAAGGCUUAACCUAUUAAUAAACAUAGCAGUUUCUCUGAAACUGCUAUGUUUAUUAAAAAAUGGGUUAACCCUAGCUGGACCUGGCACCCAGACCACUUCAUUAAGCUGAAGUGGUCUGGGUGCCUAGAGUGGUCCUUUAAGUUCAACAGUAUCACAAUAUAACUGUUCACCUAGCGUGGUGGUAUGAAGUUAUGGCACAAACAAAUUCUUCAAGGGACACUCCAGACCAGAGAGUAUGUGUGAAAAGUGUGUCCUCUAUUUAUUUCAUUUCAGUUUACAAAACUUGCUAAGUUCAAUAGUAAUUGGCAUUUCAUUGACCCCUCAGGACGGAGUCAAUAGUACACGUUCUGAUCAAAGCAAAAUGUAAACAAAAACUGUAAUUUGCGCUAAAUGUCUGUUCAUCCGUAAUUCACCUCUUUCAUAUUAAGUGCACCCACAUUUAUUAUAUAUCAUUUUGUUCAGGAGAAACUGGGCUUUAAUUUCUCAUGAACUAUUCAUAAUUGAAACAUAAUUUAUUAUGAAUAAAUUUAAAAAAACUGUUAGAAAUUAAGAUUAAAAAAAAAAUUGUAGACAUUUUAGCUGUAAAUGUCAUAAUACUGUUAGCUUUAACCGCAAAAAACCCCACAUAUUUGGAUUCAGCAAAGUCUCACGAGUACAACAGUACCCCCCAUCUCAACAGUUUUUACAGUGUUUUGAAAAGUUACAGGGUCAAAUAUAGCACAUUCCAUUUUUCAGUUUCUUCAAAUUGAAAUUUGCCAGAUUAGUAAUGUUACCUUUGAGAGCGUGUGGUAGCCCGGGAAUGAGAAUUACCCCCAUGAUGGCAUACCAUUUGCAAUAGUAGACAACCCAAGGUAUUGCAAGUGGGGUAUGUCCAGUCUUUUUUAGUAGCCACUUAGUCACAAACACUGGCCAAAGUUAGCGUUCAUAUUUGUUUUUGUGUGAAAAAAGGAAAAAAAAUUAUAUUUGGCCAGUGUUUGUAACUAAGUGGCUACUAAAAAUGACUCGACAUACCCCAUUUGCAAUACCUUGGAUUGUCUACUUUUGCAAAUGGUAUGCCAUCAUGGGGGUAAUUCUCAUUCCUGGGCUACCAUACGGUCUCAAAGGCAAAGUAACCAAUCUAGCAAAAUUCAAUGUGAAAAAAUGAAAUGCAAGCCUUAUAUUUGACUCUCUAACUUUCCUAAACACCAUAAAACCUGUACAUAGAGGGUACUGUUAUACUUGGGAGACUUCACUGAACACAAACAUAAGUGUUGAUUGGCAGGCACGUCAAUCAAAUUCUAAUUAAUAAAAUCACAUAAUUAUGUUAAAAGAUUACUUAAAUAUACACGUAGAAUUUUAAUAUAUAUAUAUAUAUAUAUAUACAUAUAUAUGUAUUUAAAUUCUAUGUGUAUACUUAUGGCGUUAUUUAUGUAAUUUUAUAUAUAUAUCUAUAUAUAUUUUGUAGUUGCAGUUAUUUGUAUUUUAUAGAUAGAUAUAUAUAGAAUGUCAUUCUAAGUGUAUUUUGUUAUAUAUAUAUAUAUAUAUAUAUAUAUAUAUAUAUAUUAACAAAAUACAGUUAGAAUGAGAUUACAUAUGUAUAUAUAAUUUAUUUAAUUUUUUUUAAAAAUACUUUAUUUAUUUUAUUAUUUUAUUUAUUUAUUAUUGUAAUUAUACGUGUAUAUAUAAAUAUAAAAUAUAUAUAAUGUAUCUUAUAUAUAUGAAACGUCUGUCUAAGUGUAUUUUAAUACUAAUAUAUGUACUUAUAAUAACAUUAAAAUACACUACAUAUGACGUUACAUAUAUAUAAGAUGUAUAUAUAUUAUACAUAUAUAAGAUGUAUAUAUAUUUUAUAAAGAUGUGUGUGUGUGUGUAUAUAUAUAUAAUAUAUACAUACAUACACAUACAUACAUACAUACUUUUAUUUUAAACUUGUUUGUUUAAUUUUUUUUUUUAUACUUCCCACCAGCAGGGGGACUGUCUGACAUUUCAGACAGACCCCCUGCUGGCAGAUCCACAGCCAGCUAUAGGGGGCCAUGUGAUCGCUCUUUGAGAGCGAUCACAUGGCCCCCGCGGGCCUGAUUUGCCGGGGGAGGGCUGUCUGGGCUGAGGAUCGCGGCGGAGGUAAGUACCGCUGAGCUCCUGGGGCAGAAAGCAGUUACGGUGUUCUAUGCCGCCGCAACGGCUUUAAAGCCCAUUUAAUGCUGGACGUAAUGGCGUUAAGGGGUUAAAUUACCCUUGCUACAACCCCCUGGCUGUCAAUCAGAUAACCAGUCCUGUUAUUUCCUUGUUGUUUAUUCCUAAUGGAACUAAACUCGAGAAGUAGGCAAGUGCUCAGAAGAAGCAGCUUCAUGUUGAGCUGCAUUGGUAAGUCUGAUUGGACAGCCACAGAAAAUCUGGGCUGGGGAAUAAAGGGGAGAGCUUUCAAAGGCUUCAGGAAGGAGAUCUACAGCGUUUGCAAGCUGAUUUCAUAUGCCUAAUGAAAUGCAUGCAUUUUUUUCUGCUGACUUUCUUCAUCUAUUUUGUAUAACAUCAGCUGGUUUAUGUACCCAGCAAUUGGACAAUAAAGCAAGAGUUCCAGAACUUUUAAAAUAAAUCUAUAUAUGAGGGAGAUUUUUAUUUUGUUUUUGGGUAGUGGAGUGUCCCUUUAACUCCAUAAGCUCAUGCAAAGUUCCUGUUCUGCACGUCAACGAGGGAAAGUGGACAUCUGAAGUCAAGGAAGAAGCAAAGCACAUUUUUAAAUUAUACCCAUGUCAUUAUUUCUAUUAUAAUUUAUGUUUUUUGACACUUAAUUUUAACUUUUCUCUGUUGUAUUUUAAUAUCAGAGUAAGUAAUGGAAGGGGAUGGUUCCAUCGUUAAAAAGAGGGUUCUUCCGCAGUGGAUGACAGAGGAGAAGGUGAACAGAACGUCACAAAGAGAUGUAAAAAGAAAAAAAAUAAUGUAAGAAAGUUAACCAUUUACCAUCUCUCCAUUAUAUACAGUUUUUACAGAGAUCUAAGUGUUUCAUAUUGAGAAGGGCAAUAAAUUAUAUAAUAACCAAGGAUUCAAAUCUUAUCCUUGAACGCUACCAGCAUUUGAAUUUAUCCAUUGAGAACAUUGCUUGUAAAAGUGCUCUUUGUAUCAGGAUAUACUCGUUUUAAUUGCAGUUUAUAUAAUUGCUGAUUAAUAAUUUCAGAAACGCCUCCCUGGUUGUCAGUCAUACAGCCGGGGAGAUUAUCUUCUUCUGCUGCUGUUAGAUCCACAGAGUGCGCUAAACUUCUGUGGAGUUUCUUGCUUGCCCACAUAGAUUGAUAAAAAGCAAUCUGCAUGCACGCUUGGGGCUUAUAAUAAGAGCUGUUUUUAAAUAUAUGCCCUGUGAAUUCUUUUUUUUUUAAAUAAAUGCAUGUCUUUAUUGGUGGUAUAUCUGCUAAAUAAUGUUAUUUCUUUUGGCGGGUGGAGGGGGGAGCAGUGGAGGGUUCCUUUAAGUCAGGAGUGCCUGAAAGGUAGCCCCUAAGUUGACCAAGUUUUACAUUAACAAGGAAUCUACAUUCAGUCAUCCCAAUAUAAAGGGGUAUUUGGUUAUUGCAUUUUCUUCAAAGCUUCCCCAAGGGUACAUAUCCACUUGUAUGGUAGCAUCCGUGGGGUCUGGUUUUGUUAAGUAAAUAAUUGUACCUAACACUGUCCCAACUUGGCAGCUCCAUUUGUGCUACCACAUCUUUUGCCAUAGCCAUGUCUAUUGUAUACUUCCAUGCAUGCGCAAAAGUACAAAAUGUAUAGGCAUAUACUGCAAGUCACUGCAUGUUCUCAGCUGCCAUUACUCACAACAGCUUCUGGAAAAGAGCAGGAUGUGGUGGAAUGAACUCCCAAUUUCCACAUUUUGCCUAAAGUGGGUUCCUGCAUGAGUUCUUCGAACAUUUUCAAUUUUAGUUUUUCUUAACGAAUCUAUCAUGACAAUGACAGUGCUGCGUUUAGGGUUAGCCUGAGAAUCCCUUAAUGCACUCAAUUGAUUUUUUUAAAACAUUUUACAGGCAUUUAUAAUCUAUCUAUUGUAUGUUUAUUGAAUGUAAGAAUUAAGUGAGAAUGUACGGUGAGGUUAGGAGUGAGUUUAUGACUUACUUGGUGGGGUGUUAAUUUACAUAAAAUGUCAGUCAAUGUUAUAAAACACCAGUAUUUUAUGUUUAAUAAGACAACUAGCUGACAAUUUUUUUUACUUUUUUAAAUUAACAUCGAUUAAAAAUGUCUGUUUCACAACAAAUCUAGUUCUAAAUCAACCAAAUUGUAAAACCCACAUGUAACGGAAUCGCUGGCACCCCGACCGGGUACCUUCCGCCGACGGAUGCUCCUAGUGCUUUCCGAGGACUCCAAGCACUCUGCCUGACACCAUAACCACUGCAGACCCCACGAACCGCCGCAGCUUGGUUGGGAUCUCGCCGUCUCCACCCACUCUGGACCCAGGACCAGGGUCCAACUUCCAGCAGGUCGACCUCUCUCCGAAUUCCAGAGAGCAGGAACAGGAACAAGCUCUUAGCAGAGCUUAGUGAUUAUACCCUGGGGAGUAUAGUGAUUAUAGCAAUCCCCAGAGUGUAGUUUCUCCAAUCCCCCAAACAUGAGCCGAAACUUCAUGAAGGUACAAGAUGAUCUGUUUAUUGGCACACAAAGAACCUUCUUUUAUGCAGGUCCCCAUGCAAGGGGACAUCCCACUGGGUGGGACAGAGUACAACCAAUCACACAAUGGUUACAUCCCACACAUCUCCUCCCCUUGAGGCAAUACUUUCCUAUGAGGAGGCCCUAUACUGUGCAUGGUGCUUGCCAUGUAUGCACAUUAGGACACCCAUCUGAUAAGUGCAACUUAGCAUUGAGUGACAUCGAUGUUGGAAUGGGGUAAGUGAUUAAACUUUGUAUUCCCAACACAAUAGUUUUCCUUUAAAGUGAGACUGUUGAAAGUGGACUUUUAGAGACAUUCAGCAUCCUAAUUUCUUAUAGUUUUUGAUUAGUUGCUCUAUUAUUCUUGUAUACUGUUCACCCUUUUUAUUGUCAAGAAGCCUUUCUAAAAACAUAUUCUACAACAGAAUUUUAUUUUAUUUUUAAAUACAUGCCACUAAUUCUGUUUAUUUUUUGGAGAAACAUUUCAUCUUUUAGUAAUUUUGUAAUCUGAGGACCAACAACUAUAACUUCUCUGAUUUAUGGCAUUGCUCUGUUAGGGAACUGUAUAUUUUAAAUAUUGAAAUAAUUUAUUUUCUUUAUUUAAGGCUUUUACAUAUUGAUUCAUAAGUCCCAAUUUUCUAUGAAGCAGUGGAGGAAGUACCAAAUUUGAAUCGACUAGUGGUUUAUAUUUAACGUUAUUUUUUUCCUGAAAUAGAUGGUUCUCUUGAAGACCAUUCUUUUACAUCAUAAUGCUGGUAGACAGCUCGACUAUCCCACAAAUAUUAGUCGAUAUUUCAGAAAUGUGACGUGAUAUAACAUUAUGUUCAAAUUUGUAAUUUAAAUUUAAAUUGACAAAAAUACACCAUUGUUCCCAUGUUAGAAACCUUAUGUCGGCUAGUGUCAUUGUAAUACACAAGUGGCAAGAAGGUUUUAUAUUCUCUUCUAAUCAAUUUUUUUUUUUUUUUUUAAAGGCUCUUAAAUGGUACUCAUAGGGACUGGAUUAAUUGCCCUCCACAACAAAGCAGUGGUUUCAUGCAAGUUCAUUUUAAUAUUAAAGGGACACUUUAGGCACUGUAACUGCUUCAUUUCAAUUGAUUAUAGUGUCUGGAGUCCCCUGCAGCUGUCCUUUAUUUCAGUGUUAAACCAUUUUAAAUAUUUUAAUGCUAAAUGAAAGUCCCCAGCAAACCUCUGUGCUGGACUAAUGAGAAAGCAUUAAUUGGCUGAGAGUGCCAGCUGACUGUUUCCAGCCUAUCAUAGCCACCCAUUGCUGAUAUAAAUGAAUUUGUAUGGCUAAGGAAUAGUGUAGUUUUUGCCCUAGCCAUACCUCCAGUAAGGACAGGGACACUUAUUCAGUGUUAAACUGAGGGAUAGCAGCAGAAGAAGCUAGGCAGUAUGACCAAUUUCAUGAGAUUCAAUGGUUAUAAUGCCCAUAGUAUCCCUUAACUAGCUGUGAUCCUUGCCCGUUAACCUCCAAUAAACCAAGAAAUGGUGCAUAUAUUUCAACAACCUUUAGGUUUUCUAUUGAUAUAAAAUAUAGAGUAAGCACUGCACAUACUCUGGUCUAGAAAGUAUAUGAAUGUGAUCAAUUUGUGCACAGUGGUUCACUUGAAUGGAAGUCAUUACAGCUGUAUUGUAAUUGGCUCCCAUUCUUUAAAAUGAGAACAUUCUACGUAUAUAUAUCAGCUAAAAUACUGCAAUAACAUAGUUCCUACUGUUUGUCUUGACCUUUUUAAGUGUUUUAUUUAGGUUCAAGUACAGUAAUGCAAUAAUCUGAAUGUUAUAAGCAUACUAUUUUUACUGUUUGAAAGUAUCCCUUGAAAGUAUUACUCGAAUGUUAAAAACAAAAUGUUGAUGUCCAGUCAUAUGCUUCUGAGAAAUCACUGGGAUAUACAGCACAUGUAGAGGAGCAGUGAAUCCAAUCCUUCUUUAUAGGAAGCAGUAGCCACAUUUGGAGUCACCAUGCUGUGUAUAAUAAUGCCAAAUGAGAAGUACUUCUAAAAUAGAAGCAUCUAAAGGUUUACAGCCACUAGAGCUGCAUUAUUAGUAAAAUAUGAACAUUGCCCUAGAAAAGGGCUUCUUACUCCAAAAUCACUGCAUUAAAAUGUAGUGUUCGACCGAUAUUGAUUUUUUUUUUUUUAGAGCAGAUACCGAUAAUCUGUGAACUUUCAGGCUAAUAGCCAAUAACUUACCGAUACCGAUAUUCUGUACAUUGACCAUUUAAAAAAAAAAACAAACAACUAUUUCUACACAAAUCUACUGUUAACUGAACAUGUUUAUUAUUUAUUUAUUUUUUUGCUCAUUUUUUUUUUUUUUUUAAUUAAGGUAAAUGCACAAAAUAUACAUGCCAGUCAGAAUAUUUUUAUGUUUUCAAGAAUAUGUGUGUAGUGGAUGCAGUGAGAGUAUUUGAUUAGUGGAUGCAGGGUGUGUGUAUAGUGAAUGCAGUGUGUUUGUGUAGUGUGUAUAUAUUGAAUGCAGAGUGUGUGUGUUUGUGUAGUGCGUAUAUAGUGAAUGUAGUGUGUUUGUAUAGUGUGUGUAUUAAUGAAUGCAGAGUGUGUGCCGUGUGUGUAUAUUAUUAUUAUUAUUAUUGCCAUUUAUAUAGCGCCAACAGAUUCCGUAGCGCUUUACAAUAUUAUGAGAGGGGGGGAUUUAACUAUAAAUAGGACAAUUACAAGAAAGCUUACAGGAACGAUAGGUUGAAGAGGACCCUGCUCAAACGAGCUUACAGUCUAUAAUGAGUGCAGUGUGUUUAUGUAGUGUGUGUAUAUAUAAUGAAUGCAGUGUGUGUUUGUGUAGUAUGUAUUUGUACCGUCAGUGUUUGUGUAGUGUGUGUGUAUAUAAUGAACGCAGUGUGUAUUUGUAAUGUGAGUGUUUGUGUAGCGUGUGUAUAUAAUGAAUGCAGAGUGUGUGUUUGUGCAGUGAGUGUUUGUGUAGGUAUGAACAUUGUUAAGUGUGUAAAAUGGGGGGGGACGGACAUUUUUAUUGUUUUGGAAAAAAUAUACAAAAUUUUUAAAUUGUGUUUUGUUCCCCCUCCCUGCUUCUUACCUGGCCAGGGAGGGGGGAUAUGGCAUUUCCUGGUGGUCCGGUGGCAUGGACUGUGCAGAGGGGGCCCUGCACACUCACUUACCUUCCAAGCAGCUCCCCUGUCUAACUCUCGCGGCCUGUGUGCCGCGCGGAGCAUUGCAAUAGUAACCAGUGGCAACGCUCUGACUGCUGCGAGACUAGCAAGAUUUAGUCAGGCGAGCUAAAGGGAACUGCUGGGAAGGCAAGUAAAAGUGUGCUGGGCCCCCCAGGACCCUGGUCUGCAUUAUCUGCAAUAUCGGUAUCUUUAUUGGCCGAUACCGAUAUUGCUGAAAAUACAGAAUAUCGGCCAGAUCGAUAAUCGGUGGAUUCCUAUUAAAAUGUUGCGAUUAUUGAGCUUAGAAUGUAAUAAGGGUACAAUUACACCAUCUAAAAGUGUUAAAACAUUCGGACAUGUCAAUACAAUAUAAAGUUCAAAUAAUAUACUUUGAUCAUCCCCCACAUCCUUUUACAGAGCCAUGAACUUUACAUGACUGGUUGUGCGGAUUAUAGGACGUAUGAUGUUCAGCAUGAGGAAGGGUGGGCCACGUGCAUGCAGAGUGAAUACUAGGUUGUACGCUGAUUAUACAAGUUAUCUAAACACCAAUGUACAGUUAAAAUGUUUAUUUAACCGUGAAGGCAUUUUGCUAAAAUAUUUGCUUUCUUUUGCAAUUUCUCACACUAGAUCUUCCAGGAACCGGACUGUGUAUUGUUUAAAUGAAAUGGAGCUUGUGGAUUAUGCUGUAGAGAUAAUUAAUAAGGUACAUUCAAUAUGAUAAUUCUCUCUUUCUGCUCUUCAUUUUUUUGUUUAAAGGAACACUAUAGGGUCAGGAAAACAAACAUGUAUUCCUGACCCUAUAGUGUUACAACCAACAUCAAGCCCUCCUGGACACCCCUUGCCCUACCUAAAUAUAGCAAAAUCUUACUCUUAUUUCUGUCUGCUGUUGCUGGCUCUACCCCUGAUCUGCCUGCUUGGCUGACAUCAUCAGAAGUGGUGUUCUGAGCCAAUCCUAAUGCUUUCACAUAGGAAAGCACUGGAUUGGCUUAAACUGUCAAGGAGGCAGAUCAGGGACAGAGCCAAGACAAGCCAAACAGCCCUGGCCAAUCAGCAUCUCCUCCUAGAGAUACAUUGAAUCAAUGCAUCUCUAUGAGGAAAGUUCAUUGUCUCCAUGCAGAGGGUGGAGACACUGAAUGUCAGUGCUGCUCACUAUGCAGCACUGCCCCAGGAAUCACCUUUAGGAGCCAUUUCAGGAGUGGACAGUGAAGGUAUCCCUAGGCUGUAAUGUAAACACUACCCUUUCUCUGAAAACAGUGUUUACUGCAAAAAGCCUGAAGGGAAUGAUUAUACUCACCAGAAAAAAUACAAUCAGCUGUUGUUGUUCUGGUGACUAUAGUGUCUCUUUAAUCUUUUACAUGCCAAUGAUGUAAUAAUAUAUAUAUUUGUUUUUAAAAACAACCUUCAAAGAUCGUAUAUCAAAAUUGAAUGUUUCACUCAUUUAACAAAGUCAGGGCUGCAAAUUGAAAAAUAAAACAUUCCUUACUAGUAAAGGGUCUUUAGGAAUACUUAAAGGGCUAAACUAAGCAUGUCAAACUCAAAGGCUAAGAUUGGCCCAAAUAAACAAGGUUUACGUUUGUGGGCUGCAAAAAAAAAAAAAUCCAAACUUCAGUUUCCAUAGAAACGUAGGUUUAUUUAGAAAAGUACAGUAUAAAAAAGUUGCCUGACACUGGACGUCCUCGCGCUCGUAGGGCUUCAAAAUAAAAAAAAGCAAAUUUAUUUUAAGAAAUGCUUUUCCAUAUAAAACAACGUUUCAAUCCAACUACCUUGACAUAUUAAGAAAUGUUUGGUAAUGGGACUGAAAUGGUGAAUGUAUGCUAUUGCACAGCUGUAAAAAACAAAUUACAUUGUCUUGUUUAUUUUGAAGUUCUAUGAGUGUGUUCUUCACUUUGGCUGAGAUCAUCAAACUUGAUGAUCUCAGCUUAUCCAAUGCUUUCCAACAGGAAAGCAUUGGGAGGCUAUUGUGCAUGUGUGGCAAAAAGCUGCGCGUUCAAACAGCGCCUACAUGCAGACCCAAUCCAACACACUGCCCCUCUUCCCACUCUAAUGCAUUUCCCCCAAAUCCAACCAUCUGCCCCUCCUCCCUCCACUCCACCAUACACUGCCCCCUUCAUCCAAUCUAAUACAUUGCCCCUCCUCCCUCCACUCUAAUUUAAUAGACUACCCCCACUCCCACCACUCUACUUUAAUACACUGCCCCCCUUUUCCCCCCCAAUUUAAUACAAUGGCCCCCUAACUUCCCCAAAUUAAUACACUGCACCCUCCCAUUAAUACACUCCCACCGUUCCCCAAGGUAAUACACUGGCCCCCUUCCUCCCCCCAGAUUAAUACACUGCCCCUUCCUUCUCUUAAAAUAAUACACUGCUCCCCACCCCCACCACUCUGGACUGCCCUCCCCCCAAUUUAAUACACUAGCCCCCUCCCAUCCUCAAAUUAAUACCGUUCGCCUCCUUCAAAUUAAUACACUGACCCCCUCCUUCCCCCAAAUUAAUACACUGACCUCCUCCCUCCCUCAAAUUAAUACAGUGCCCCCUUCCCCAAGCCUCUCUUCUCCUGCCUUACAAUUUUUUGUCCAUCCCUGGCACUGCGAGCAGGAGGGAAGGGGGAGUGGCUGCUCUGGUCUACUCAGCAGACACACAGCCACUCUGCCCUCUUGUGGCCGGGAGAGCAAGAAUCAGAAAAUAUUUUUCCUGUCUUGCAGGUCACAGCCACAGCUGAAAGCGGCCCCAGAUAUGUUCACUGUGGGCCGCGGGCCGCAUGUUUGACAUGCUUGGGCUAAACGAAUACUACUUUAAGUCUAAUUUUGAAUUUUAUGAGAGUUUUGCAAUGGCUGUUUCACUGGCUCAGAGCGCACACGGACAAUCUGAGCUGGCAAAAGGAGGGAUUCUGAAUUAAUCAAAACACCAAAAUAAAGUACCUGCGGAAGAGAGUGCACAGUGGGAGGGGAAAGCAGUCUUCCCCUUGCAGAUGCUCGGCCUGCAAGGGAGAAGAUCAUUACGUCUGUCAGUGUGCAGUGUAUGUUGACAACAGAAGUAAAACAUGCAUAGAAUUUGCUGCCUGGCUACCCUACUUCCUCUCUUCCAACAUCCCAUCCCUAAUUCUUGGAGACUUCAAUAUUCCCGUUAACCCACCUUUGACCCCAGCAGCCUCUAAACUACUUUCAAUCACUUCCUCCCUUGGACUUUUGCAGUGGGCUAAUUCUCCCACUCAUGUAGCUGGCAAUACCCUCGACCUUAUUUUCUCUUCUUCAUGUACAAUAUCUAAUAUCUGCAACACCCCAUUUCCUCUCUCUGAUCACCACCUCUUAUCAUUUGCUCUCAAUUACCCCCUCACCCAACAAUCUCAGCCUAACCCCCCUCAGCUCAGGAGAAACCUUAACUCUAUUGACCUCAAGCAGCUGUCAGCUGACAUUGAUUCACAACUGCUAUCCAUCCCUUCCCUCUCCUGUCCCUCACUGGCCAUCUCCACAUAUAACACUACCCUCACAUCUGCCUUGAACGCUGCAGCCCCGCUCAAAACAUGCACCUCGAGGAGAACACGACCCCAACCUUGGCAUAAUAAAUCAACACGCUAUCUGCAGAGUUGCUCCCGUUGUGCUGAACGCUCCUGGAGGAAGUCCCGCACCCAGGCAGACUUUCUCCAUUAUAGAUUCAUGUUGCUUUCAUACAGCGCAGCCCUCGCCCUCGCCAAACAGUCAUACUUUUCCUCUCUCAUUAGUUCAUGCUCCCGCAAUCCCAGACGCCUCUUUGACACCUUUAAUUCCCUUCUCCGCCCUGCUGUGGCCACCCCCCAAACUAACCUUACAGCUGAUAGCUUUGCAUGCUACUUUACCGACAAGAUUGAACAGCUAAGGAAACAAUUCUCCCCUCCUUGCCGUUCUCUUUCUCAACCACAUGUAAAUCUUGCUUUCCCUACCCUCCAGACUUUCUACCCAGCUACUGAACAAGAGGUGGCUGCGCUUCUCCAUUCCUCUCGCCCCACCACUUGCCCGCUCGAUCCUGUCCCAUCUCACCUCAUCAGAUCUCUCUCCCCUUGUCUUGUGCCUACCCUAACACACAUCUUUAACUGCUCUCUCUCUUCUGGCACUGUUCCUGCUGACCUUAAACAUGCCACUGUAAUACCUAUCCUGAAAAAAACAUCUCUUGACCCAUCCUCCCCUUCUAACUAUCGUCCCAUAUCCCUGCUCCCUUUCUCAUCAAAGCUUUUGGAAAGGCUUGUCUUUACCCGUGUGUCUCGCUUCCUUAAUUCCAACUCUCUCCUUGACCCUCUUCAGUCUGGCUUCCGCCCUCUCCACUCUACUGAGACUGCUCUUAUCAAAGUGACUAAUGACCUAAUCUCCGCUAAAUCCAAAGGUCAUUACUCCAUAUUAAUUCUCCUUGACCUCUCUGCUGCCUUUGACACCGUUGAUCAUGCUCUCCUCCUUCAAACUCUUCAAUCGCUCGGUCUCUGUGACUCGGUCCUUUCUUGGUUUUCCUCCUAUCUCUCCCAACGCUCAUUCAGUGUCUCCUUUUCCAAGGAUACCUCCUCCACUCGUCCUGUCUCGGUUGGAGUUCCCCAAGGGUCUGUCCUUGGUCCCCUUCUAUUUUCUCUUUAUACCGCCUCUCUUGGUAAACUGAUUGCCUCUUUUGGAUUCCACUACCACCUGUACGCUGAUGACACUCAGAUAUACCUCUCCUCCCCGGACCUCUCCCCUGCUGUCCUGCAACAUGUCACUGCUUGCCUUUCUUCCAUCUCUGACUGGAUGUCUUCACGCUUUCUGAAACUUAACCUCUCUAAAACUGAACUCCUUGUCUUUCCUCCUCCUAAUACUGAUCCUCCUCUCUCGCUCUCCCUUCAAGUCAGUGAUAUCCACAUAAGUCCAUCCCUGCAAGCGCGCUGUCUUGGCGUCAUACUUGACUCUGGUCUCACCUUCGAGUCUCACAUCCAGUUUGUUGCCAAGUCCUGUAGGUUCCAACUCAAAAACAUAGCCCGCAUUCGCCCCUUUCUUACACAAGAUGCUACCAAGGAGCUUGUCCAUGCUCUAGUAAUUUCCCGCAUGGAUUACUGUAACCCUCUCCUGAUUGGUCUCCCCAAAAGCCGUAUUGCCCCGCUACAGUCUGUAAUGAAUGCUGCAGCUAGACUGAUUUUCCUCUCUAGUCGGUCCUCUCACACCUCACCCCUCUGCCGGUCCUUACAUUGGCUCCCUGUAUGCUAUAGGAGUCAAUUCAAAGUGCUAACCCAUACAUUUAAAGCACUGAACAGUUCUAGCCCCGCUUAUAUCUCUUCACUGAUCCAUAAAUAUGCCCCUCCUCGUACCCUCCGCUCUGCCCGUGACCACCUCCUGACCACUGCUCGCACCCGUACGGCCAACUCGCGCUUGCAGGACCUCUCGCGGGCGGCUCCUCUCCUAUGGAAUAGCUUGCCUACUGCCAUCAGACUCUCCCCUAGUCUUCAAUCAUUUAAGAAGGGCCUUAAAACCCAUCUCUUCAGGAAAGCUUAUGGCCUCCCAGAGUAAUCUCUACCUUACAUACCUGUCUCCUGCUCUCUCCUAUGGGACAGUGCUUUGCUCUCUCCUCCAGCUCUGCUUCACUCCUACUUGAUAUUUAUUGUCCUAAUGUUUCAAAUACCCCACCUCCAAUAGUCUGUAAGCUCGUUUGAGCAGGGUCCUCUUCAACCUAUUGUUCCUGUAAGUUUUCUUGUAAUUGUCCUAUUUAUUGUUACACCCCCCCUCUCAAAAUAUUGUAAAGCGCUACGGAAUCCGGUGGCGCUAUAUAAAUGGCAAUAAUAAUAAUAAUAAUUCACAUUAGGCAGCCUGAGUCAUGUGAGCCGAGGAUGUAACUAGCCCCUGGCACACAAGUGCAAAUAACUCUGAAUGUACAGUAUUUUAAAAAACAAACAAAAAAAACUGCACUCCUGCGGUUACAACCACCAAGACCACUUCAAAUCACAUGGAAUAACCCUUUAAGUGAAAUUACCAUUUUUCUAAAUCUAAGUAGCAACAUGCCAGCUGUAAGUGUGCUUUUUAUGGCUUCUUUGAGCUAUUACCUAUCCCACUGCUUUUAUGACAAGCUUUGAGAAACACUGUAUUGGUUGGUGAGAUAACCUGUUGCAAUUGGAUUAGAGGUAAGAGCUUUAUGUCUCAGGAAAUAUAUUUAUAAUGCUUGGAUGUUAUAUAUAUAUAUAGCCCAAUAACUGUAAUUCAUCAGACAUGUGGAUUACAAAAUCCUCUUAAGUAGUAUGCAUGUAGACCCCAAAACAGGUUUAUUCACUAAAUUGUGUGCCAAAAUAUCGAAUUGGGAAAAAUAUCCAGCUCAUAUUUAGGCAUACAAUUUGAAAUUCUCUGGCCAAUUACAAAUAAAUCACAAUUCCUGAAAAUAUUAGAACAUAUACUCACCUGAAAAUCACUUCUGCACAUGUUUAGGUGAUCUCUUCAAAUUCUUGCACACUUUCUCUCUUUCAAAUUAUUCAUACAGCCAGAUAAAUAUCAUUUGGAGCUAGUCACAACAUUAAUCUUUAUCAGCAACAUAAAAGUUUAUUUUUUUUAUUUUUAUUAUUAUUAAUACAUUUCUAUUUCAGAGUAAAAAGCAGUUGGGUAAAGAAGAGAGAAAUACAAAAAUGAUACCUGAAGAUGUAGAGAUUGCCGAGACACCACCCAGUCCAGUUUCAGUGUCACAAAGCCCAAAACUUCCUGUUUCACCUGCCACAAAUUAUGAAACAACCACAAUGGCAUCUGGGACUUAUCCUGAGAACGAUGACGACCCAUUAAAAUUUGUCAGAGAAAUAUUUUUUAGUUGAUCAUAGCAAGAAGACAAUCAAGUCUACAGAUGCCCCCAAUUUGUUUUAAAACAUUUUUUGUGGAGUGUAUUUUUUGAAGAAACUCAAUGGACACUCAGUGGAGGACAAAUAUGGUUUCAGUAUUAGAGACAUUUUAUUUAUAAGUAUUUAUACUGUGCAUGCAAAAAAUGGUUAAAUUUACAGACGUGUUUGUAAUUAAAUAAUGUUUUGCAAUAGAUGCGUCACGUAAAAAUUUAUACCCAGAUAUCCAUUUUUCACAAAUACACAUUAAAUGUAAUUAGAUCGGAUCUGUCACUCUUUGGGAUGUUUUUGCAUUUCACAAAGAUCCCUUGACAGUGACAGAUCCAGUGCCCAUGAAGUGCAGAGGAG